AUGCCCCACUCUCUGUUUGUUGUAUUGCUCCUCUUGUUGCUGGGCUGCAUCAGUGGGUAUGCACAAGAGAGUCAUUCUCAAAGAAGUGCUGAUGAUGAUGGAGUACCCAGUGAUGAACCCACAGAAAAAAUGAUGCCUGGACAUGAUGAACUACAACAACUACACGAACGUCUAAAAGAACUAAGGAAAAAAGAAGAAGAAGAACAACAAAAAAAACUAAAAGAACUAGAAGAACGACAAUCAAGGCAACAAGCAGAACAGAGAGAAUUAACAUCAUCUACUGUUCCUUCAGAAAUUUCUUUCCGUCGAUUUAAUGGUGUUCAUGUUGUGGAAUUUGUGAAUGGUGAACUGGUGGCAAUUGAUGCUGCUGGUGUGGAACAGUCGCUUAAAGACAACAGUGAAUUCGUCGAAUUUCUGUCACAAGAUAUGAAUAACAAUGGAGAAUGGACUGAAAUCCACUUAAAGUGGUUCGGUCCCAAAACAGAUAAAUACGGUAAAAAUCUCGAGAAGUAUAAACCUCAUGGUGAUCCUCGGGCUGUGGUUGCUCUUGUGGAAAGAAACAUCCCUCCAAUCGAAGCAGGUUCUGUUCUUCGCUUAGUGUGGGUGACUACUCUUAAUAAUGGAACCGAAAAGUAUUCGUUGAGUUACACUCCUUUCAAUGUUAAAUUUCCUUUUACGGAGGGAACAACAACGGUUCUGGGAUUCCUUGGUAACGAGAUCACACCAAUUUUGACAAUGAAAAACGGUACAUUUGUGUUUCCUGUGCAAUUGGUUACGACGGAGAACAGGUUCAUUUCGACAGUUAUGUAUUACACAUCCCAUGAUAAACAGUGGAAUAUUGCUGGUUUGGCUGACGAAGGGAAUACUUAUAAUCCUGCUAUCCUUGAGUGGAAGGAAGGUAACUUGAUGAUGAUUGCUCAGCAUAACAGUGGCUUCCACAGAGUGUAUCAGUCCAGCGAUUUGGGAAAGACGUGGAAAGAGUCAACCAGUACAUUCUCUCGUGUGUGGGCCAGCACCCCUGUAUAUCCUGGUCGUGGAAGUCAAAACAACUUCAUGACUGCAACUAUUGAUGGGAAAGAUGUCAUUCUUUUUGCGCAGUCUCUGGAUUCUGAAGGUAUCGAACGCCAUCUGUGGCUUACUGAUAACACACGUAUUUAUCACGUUGGUGUGAUAAAUAAGGAUAAAGAAGGGAUACCCUGUACUUUAUUGUUCAAGGAUCACAAACUGUACUGUCUGUAUGAGGCUGGUAUUGAGAACGAUGAAAACAGAGAUUUUUCUGUGGAACUGACGACUGCUAUGGAGGACAUUAAGAGGGUGUUAACCACGUGGACUGAACAGGACAAGACCUUAUCUGGUAAAGCCUGUACAUCUGGUCAGUGUAAAUAUCCUGUUUCCACUAUUGGACUGGUGGGCUAUUUGUCUGGAAAGAGCGAUGGAGGAGAAUGGAAUGAUGAAUACCUCUGCGUGAAUGCCGUUGUAAGUGGUACAACAGAGAAAGUUUCUAAUGGUUUGAACUUCAACGGUGCUGGUGCAGGAGCAGUGUGGCCCCUGAGCGAUGGUAGACUGGCGAGGCAGUAUCACUUUGCAAACUAUGCCUUUACUCUUGCGGCGACGGUAACUAUCCACGCUGUACCAGAGGAGGACAGCAGGCCUUUGUUGGGUGCAAGGCUGUGGGGUGCUGAGCGCAUGAUUUUUCUGGGGGUGUCGUACAAUAAGGACAAAACGUGGAGCACAGUAAAGAAUGACAAUGAAGGGAAGGCUGAAAUACCUAAAUGGGAAGUGGACAAUGAAUAUUCUGUGAUAUUGACAUUUGAGAAUGGUAAGGGCUCUGUGUAUAUCAACGGUACUCGUUUAGACGUGGGAACUGACUUGAGAAUCGCACAAGAAGGGGAAGUAAUUUCCCACUUCUACUUUGGUGCGUACAGUCGCGAGGAUGAAGAAGUAAAAGCCAAUGUCCAUAUAACAGUGAAAGAUGUUAUGCUAUACAACCGUGGGCUCCUUCCCACUGAAAUUGAUGCACUGAUUAAGAACAAGGCGAAUGUUUUAUUGUCAGAAAGUGAAAUUAAGAGAAUUUCAGAGCAGGUAACAGCUUCUCACCAGAAUUCUGCUACCAGCACUACUGCAGGAGCUGAGCCAACUAAGGACACAGGGAAUACGAACAGUGGAGGGCAAGCGAAUUCGCAGAUCACCGUUGAACUUGCGAAGGCCCACCAAAACACUAUUGAUGGCACUGUUCGUGUAUAUGGAUAUGGAUUGCCAAUACUUCUGCUGGGGUUGUGGGCUCUUGCAACAAUUCUCCUAUAA